AUGGAUAAAUUGAGGAGAGCACUAAGUGGUCAUGAUCAAUGUGACGAGGAGAGUGGAAUUAUGACUCAGCAUGAAAGUGACUAUCUGAUAUCAGAUGGUACAACUUUGAGUUGGUCUACGCGAAUAAAAGGAUUCGCUAUAUGUUUUAUCAUCGGUAUUCUCUUAACAUUCCUCGGUUCAUUUGCCUUAUUUUUACACAAAGGCUUGACUGUUUUCGCUGUUUUCUAUACACUUGGAAAUAUUGUUUCACUGUUGAGCUUGAGAAGGCUGGAUUAGCACUUCUGUUUAUAAUUAUACAGUCAUUAGCAAUGACAUGGUAUUCAUUAUCGUACAUCCCAUAUGCCCGAGAUGCUGUCAAAAAAACCGUCGAAUCUUGUAUAACGUGA